AUGCCCGUCGAGCGCCGAGUCGUCGUGUACGAGCUCCUAUCGGCGCAAAUCUCACGCCACCAGUGGACUCGCCCUGCAGGCCUUGAUCGGCUGCAGUGGGAUCGGCCGAGCGCCUCGGCACAGGGUGGCCUGCUCGAGUUCGAGCUCGACGCAAUCCUGACUGGGACCGCGGUAGCAGACGUGAUGCCAUUCUGCCUGGACGUGCCAAACGGCCGGCUCAUCCUGCUCGAGGUUGACUCUCUUGCAAAAGUACACGCUGCUCCAUUCGAGGACCGAGCAGUGCCGCUGCACGCCACAGGCCGCGUCUUUGCUCUGCCGUUUGCAGAGGCGGAGCGCUGGGCAUCCGCCGUGACGCCACCCCGUGCAGUCUUCGUGUGGAGCGUUGGCCGCUGCGGGUCGACGUGUCUGCACCGGCUGCUGUGCGCCGCCGGCGUCGGCUGCGUGUCUGAGCCGUGCUGGUUUGACGACCUGUGUCGGAUGAGGAUGAGUGGCAACCCACCGAGCAAAGAGCUCGUGCGAGCCCUCCACCUGAUCCACUGGGCCAGCGCGAGACGACUCUUUCCAAAGGCCACGGCCUUUGCAAUGAAGCCGAAGAGCUAUGGCCACCAGCUCCUCGUUACCGUCGCCGCUGCCUUUCCCGCAGCGAGCCACCUCUUCGUCUACCGGGACGCGAGGCAGGUGGUUGGAUCCUUCGGCCGCCACUACGCCCUGCAGCAAGCCUCCGGUGCGCCCGAGCGCGCGCCUCCAUGUCCACUGCGCAUGCGCUCGGCGCACGUGGCGGCCGCCCUGCGCACGCACGCUCCGCCGCCUAGCCUACCGGCGCUCGCGGUCUCCUUUGGGGCCGACUGGGCAGAUGCGAUGGCGCACUGGAAGGAUGAGGCGGCGGCGCUCACCGGCGGGAGGACCCUGCGCUUCGACGAGCUGAGAGCUUCUGGCGGCCAAGAGCGCCUUUUUGCUUCGCUGCUUCGUUGGGCGGGCGUGCCCGUUGAGACGCGCACGCUCGACGCAAUGCGCGACGCAGCGGCGCGCGACUCGCAAGAGGGCCACAUCAUGGCGGGCGCGGCGGACGCCGAGAAGCGCUUCCUGUCUGACGAGAGCGCCGCCGCCCUCGUGUGCUGGCUGCGCACCCUCUCGGGGCUGGAUGCCGACGCGGUGCUGCCCGGAUCGCUGCUGGCGAGUUGCUGA